UGCAUGCAGAUGCAGAGAAGACCGAAAGAGAGAAAUUUUACGGAGUCUAGAACAAAAGUAUGGCUAAGGCAGUCGCGUUAAGAAAGCAGCCGUUGCUGCUGGACCUCAGUUUCCUGACGGGUGAGGAGCGCGCCAAGCUGGAGGCCGUCGUGAGAGCCGACGAAAACAUGCUCGUUCAGGACCGUGUUCGUGUUGGUACCCUACGCCAGGAGCUGGAAAAAGAGCGCUAUUUUCAGAAGAAGCUGCUCGACAAGCCCCAAUGCACGUGCUGUGAACAGAGGCUGGGUAGACUGUUCAACACCGGUGCUCCCUGCCCAAACUGUUUCUACCGAGUCUGCAAGAGAUGCCGCAUUCUCUCUCAGAAUCCUCCUCCACCCUUUGUCUGCCCGUAUGCGCCAGAAAGAGGUUGCUAGACAUACAAGCUGCACACUAUGUGUCUCUUCCGACGGCAGAUUUCUCCCCGUCUCCCUUAUUUGGGAGUCAAUUGGUGAUGAUGUCACUAGAGGUCGUCCAGACCGCUGAGCCCUCUAAAGUCAACCCGUACAACGGAAAAGCGAGAAAAAACCUAAACACGAGUCUUUCUCGCUCUGGCUCCGCCGAUUCCAACAACAAACCUCGCAGCGGAACAAACGAAUCGUCCAUCAUUGUUCGCUACACCAACACCGAUCAACAACAACAAGGCACGGCCAGCGGUCGCAGCGACAGCGCAAUGAGCAUGCGAAGCAACACGAGUAGCCUGGGGCACCGCGAGCGUCCGACGUCCCUCGCACCAGCUCGCCGAGUCUCCCCUAGCGAGUACUCCGACAGCGACGAAGAAGACGAGAGAAACGUUCUAGAAGUUCCGGGGCUCUCGAAGAUCAAACACUCUGAGAGUAUGGGGAGCCUGUCUAGCAUGUACUCUGCCAUCGGAGGAAAGGGAGAUUACGCAAUUUCCGGCGAAGUCCGAUUCGGUGUGUGGUACUCGAGAGACGGGCUGUUGAAGGUACACGUCGAACAGGCUCGGGAUCUGGCAGCGGCGAGAAAGGAAGGGUAUUCGUAUCCCUACGUGAAGGUGUAUCUCUUGCCGGAUCGCACCAAGCACACCAAGAGGAAGACCGGGUUUAUGAGAAGGACUGUCAGCCCACGCUACGAUGAAACAUUCAAGUACAAGCUGUCAGAGUCGGAGUUGUCGUCUCGGACUGUGUGGCUGAGUGUUUGGGACUGGGACAGAUUUGGUCGGAAUCAGUUCCUGGGUGAGGUGAGACUGCCCCUGGCUUCAUUGGACCUCACUGAUAGCACCGACCACUGGCACACCCUCCUGGACCAGGACGAGUCAGCUCAACUGGAGAUGGAGCGUCAGUACAAAGGUCGCCUUUUACUGGGUCUCAUGUUCCAAUUAAACGAAGAGCCGCCACGCCCCCCUCCACCUCCCGGGAAAAAUCGAAAACCCCCUCGUAGAAAGGGUGUCCUCCACGUGGCGAUCAAGAGGGCAGAAGACCUGCCUAAAACUGACCCGGGCGGACUGACUAAUGCCGUUGUCAAGUGCUACCUACUGCCCAGUCGCACCUCAUCCAACAAGAGAAAGACUCAAGUGGUAAUGAACAGCCUGUGUCCAGUUUGGGACGAGGAGUUUGUCUACAAGACCUCCGAGAAGGAACUCGCCGGAGAGAGAGUUCUAGAAGUUACCAUCUGGGAUUUCGACAAACGGGGCAGCAACGAUUUCAUCGGAGGAUUGCGCAUCGGCCCGGCACGCGGCGGGUCGCCCAGUCAGGGUCCCGAUUGGAUGGACUCGUUCGGGGAGGAGCUGUCCCAUUGGCAGACGGUCCUGUCCCGCCCCGGGGAGUGGGUCGAGCAGUGGCACACUUUGAGGCCGCGGAUGGAUCGACCAAUCACGUCGCUGCCGGAGAAACCACGGAGUCGCGAGUUGAGCCCCGUGCAAGAGCGACUCAGUCCACCUCUAGAAGAAGAAGAAGAAAAAUAUCUCCGACUGAGGAGUGGUUCCAGCUCGCCUGUUCUUCCACAGGCCCGUUCAGAGAAACCCCUGCAGACUCAGUCCCAUUCCCCUUCCCCCAUUCCCCAGCUCCUGGUAACCUCCGAACCAAUGGGAGAUGAGGAGGCAGGUAGACCCACUACAUCGACUCCAUUUUCGCAUUCAACCAGCUCAACCAGUCUCCACAGUGCCGGCCUCAGCGACGGAGAAGUAGGAAAGGGAGACUACGAGAUAUCGGGGGACAUCCAGCUGGGCUUCGUCCACCAGUCAGAGAAGCUGCACAUCCACGUGAACAGAGCCCGAGAUCUGGCGGCUGCCGACAGCAACGGAUUCUCAGAUCCCUACGUCAAGACCUACCUCCUUCCCGACCACAGCAAGAGCUCCAAGAGGAAGACCGGAGUGCAGAGGAAGACUCUGACCCCUGUUUUCAACGAGACUCUUGAAUAUUCUGUGUCAGAGUCGGAGCUGUCGUCUCGGACUGUGUGGCUGAGUGUAUGGGACUGGGACCGAUUUGGUCGGAAUCAGUUCCUGGGUGAGGUGAGACUGCCCCUGGCUUCAUUGGACCUUGGAAGUGACACUGAGCUCUGGUAUCCACUACUGGACAAGGACCAGCCAUACAACAUUAACCCGAGCACCUCUCAACUAAAUCUCGCUCUGCGGUUCACACCUCGAGAGAGCGAAGCUGGCGUCACGCGAGGCUCGCUCUCCGUCCUGGUAAAACGAGCUCGAAACCUGUUUCCAACGGGUGAAGACGUCAACAACACUCCCCAUCACUGUUCCUAUGUGACCACCACUCUUCUUCCCGAUACUUCACAAAGGAGGACGUCGACUGUGGAGAAAUCUGCGAAUCCGUCUUGGAAACAGAGUUUUGUUUUCGAGGGAGUGACCGUGGAAGAGAUUGCGAAAGAGAGAGUUCUGGAAGUUUCCGUGUGGGAUUCCGGCGACGAUCGCUUCAUCGGUGGUUUGCGCACCGGCCCGUUGCCAAACGGGUCGUCCCGAAAUUGCGACUGGAUGGACUCCACCGGGGACGAGGUGUCCCAUUGGCAGAUGGUCCUGGCACGCCCGGGAGAGUGGGCGGAGCAGUGGCACGCCCUACGAGAAAACAUGAAGCCGACAACAUCGAUGACAUCAUCACAUGACACCAUCACCGCUACCAGCUCCACAGGAGAAUUUCGUAAAAUUGAUCCAAAGAAGAAAAACGAACAUUCCCCCAAACCUUCACAAGAAGAAAGUGCAUCGAAAACAAAUUCCUCUAAAAAGGGAGCGGCACUUUCGACCAACUCUAAAGCCGGUAAAGCCGGUAAUAGAAGAGAUAAAAGCCGUAGUCCACCCAGGCACCAUGCCGAGCCACCAGUCGACGAAUUUCGCAAAACUGUGCCAAAAAUUGCCAAACCAACCACCAAUCUCGACGAAGAGUUCCGCAAGGUUGCCGCUGCACCAAAAGCGCUCGCUGGCCCUCCGCAAAAAUCGGCCACCCUGGAGAAAACGGUUACAUCAUUGGAGAAACUGGUUGAUACUGGGCCUCGUUCCAGUUCCAGCCUCCCCCAUUCCAUUCCACCUUUGACCCUGGAGGAUAUUGCUCGAAGCGGUGAUCAUCUUCGUUCGAGAUCUUCGUCACCAGAGAUGCCCCCCUCGUCCAAUGUCGUCACUCCAGGUAGCACCCUCGAACGAUCGUCCAAUCAGAUGAUGCAGGCGGGUCCCCUGAAGAGAGCUGGUCUCCUAGGGGUUAAAGGCGGAGGGAGUCGCUCCAGUCUCGGCAGUCAGUUGAGCAUCUACAGCUCGGCAGGAGGAGGGAAAGGGAACUAUGAUAUCUCUGGAGAGAUACUCCUGAAGAUUAGCUACCACAGUCGGGACAGAAUGCUGCACAUCCACGUGAACAGAGCCCGAGAUCUGGCGGCUGCCGACGGCAACGGAUUCUCAGAUCCCUACGUCAAGACCUACCUCCUCCCCGACCACAGCAAGAGCUCCAAGAGGAAGACUAACAUUGCCAGAAAGACGCUGAACCCAGUCUACAAUCAGACACUCAAGUACAUUGUAGCACCAUUGGAGCUGAACUCGCAGACUGUGUGGCUGAGUGUUUGGGACUGGGACCGAUUUGGUCGGAAUCAGUUCCUGGGUGAGGUGAGACUCCCCCUGGCUUCUCUGGAUCUCAGUAACCCCACUGAGUGCUGGUAUACCCUUCAGGAUAAGGAUGAGGAUACAGGAGCGACAGAUUUCUACCGAGGCCAACUAAACCUCGCCAUCCGCUACACGCCCAGUGGAACGAAAAAGGGGAAAACCCGCGGUUCCCUCGAUGUCGUCAUAAAACAGGGGAGGGACUUCCCCAGCAUGGGCGGGGCCGGUAAACCCGACCCCGUCGUCAAGUGUUACCUGUUACCCGACAAGUCGUCGUCGGGGAAACGGAAGGUGGGCGUUAUUAAGAACCAGAGCGACCCGGUGUGGGAGGAGAUCGUUACGUACGAGAAGGUGGUUUUGGAGGAGAUAGCGAAAGAGAGAGUUUUGGAAGUGACCGUUUGGGACUGGGACAAAAAGGGAAGCAGCUUCAUCGGUGGAUUGCGCAUUGGCCCAUUGCCCGAUGGGUCGUCCCGGAAUCACGACUGGAUGGACUCUAUUGGAGACGAGGUGUCCCAUUGGGAAAUGGUCCUGGCCCACCCGGGCGAGUGGGCGGAACAGUGGCACACACUACGAACCACCAUGGACCCCAGAAACGUCUCCUUCCAGUAGCUUAUGUGCCUUGCCGUAUCACACAUGCAUGCAUACAUUAUCUGUUAAUGUGUAAUGAAAUAUUAUGCUGCUCUA